UGUCUGGAAAUGGCCCAGUCUGUCUUUCUGGACGGAGUAGAAGCUGGAGGAGAAGAAGGAGGAGGGGAGAACAGGAGUUUCUUCCCCCCUCACCAAUCCAACUGUUCUUCAACGCGCUAUCUGUAACAACAGACAUCCAGCUCGAGAGAAGGAAACAGCAGACGCUUUCUUCUCCAUGUUAGAUCCUCUUCACUCGGCAUGUUCUAGAAUAACAGCACUUGAAAGUAUUCAGUCACAGGAUGGACCACUCAGCUCUCCACCACCUCAUUGGCCUCUCCGUUAUUCUGCUAACCAGGCUCCCCACUUAUGCCACCCCAUUCAUUUUGAAUGACUCUUUGGAGGGCAGUGGACAAUUGGACUCUGGGAGCACAGACCUGACCCCCAUACCCACCAUUUCCUUCAAUGAAUCAGUGAAGUCCACCUCCAUAGAUGGAGAAAAGCAUAGCAAAUCAUUCUUGGAUCAGCUGGUGGAAUUCUUACAAGAGAACCACCUUCCCAUAAUCGUCAUUACCACAUUACUUUUUCUUAUCAUAACCAUCCUCUGCUCAGCUGCCAUCUUGAGUCGCCGACGUAAAGUCAGCACCUACUAUCCUUGCGCUUUCCCUCCCAAGAUGUACGUGGACGAGCAAGACAAGACCGGAGGAGCACGCUUCUUCAGCGAAGUCCCAGAGAAAGCCAACACCAGCUCCAGUGAGGAGCCAGUGAAUUCAGCCAGGAAGCUCCAAGAGGACAUCAUGCUGGCCACCAAGAACCUCCGAACGCCAAUCAAGACCCCAUGGAAAGAGAAGAAUGAAGUGGUGGAAGACCAAAAACAUGCCGAAGAUGAGUGCGAUAAGAGUCAAGAGGAGAGCCGUGGCUCACUAGAGGACAAGACCACUAAUCAGUCAGCUGUUGAGGAUACUGUGGAAAAGAGCUGCCCCAGCAGGUCCCAGGACAGUAUCACCACUUGUGACAUGGAAAAGACUGACCCCUUGGACUCCGGGCCCCCUGAAGAGAGCAAACAUUCAUCUGGGCCAGAGAAAUCUGAGAUCCAAGAGGACACGAACAAACAGGAUGUUGCUACUUCAGGCUCACCAUUUAUCAGUGAAGAGAAAACCGCAUUUUAGCUUGGACAUUUUUAAAGCCUUAAAGGAAAAACUUAGAUGUGAAUACAGACCAAAGUGUAUUUCUUGCACACGUUGUAAAACUAAAACAAAUUUGUAUGAAGUUUCAUUGAGAUAUAAAAGACAUGGCUUUAAUAUUGUUUGUAACGUGUCGAUUUUCCAAAUAUAUAUGUAAUAAUCUGUUACUUAAGAGUAAAUGAUAUGAACGGACGCCUACUGGGCAAGACAUAAAAACUGCUUUUUAAAUGA